UACCAUAAACCUAUGACACCACUUUGUCUUUUUGCCGAAGAGGUAGCAUUACAAUGUAAUUUAUUUGGCUUAGUUUACACUUAGCUUACACUAGCCGUGUUAAACGCGAGAACAAUCUGGCCCGGUGAUUUGAGUCCUUUGAACACUGUUGAAAUAUGGAUACAUUUUGGUAUAUUACGUAAUAUUUCACAUGACAAAUGAGAGAUCUCCGACUGAUCUUUAGACAGUGUGAAAGUCGAAAGAUUGUGCAGUACUUGUAACCUGAGUGUCACACAACACUUCAUUUGAACCACAAUGGCGUUGAAGAAACUCACCUCCCUUCUUAUGGUUUUUGCCUGUCGUUUUAUGCUGUUUUUAGUCAUUUCACUUUUGUCCAGUAUUCUUCAAGGAAUACCAAACAUCAACAGCUGUUUUCUAACGGUGUUUUUGUCAUGUAUGAUUCCUUUACCGCCAGCCUCGCUUUUACUACAUCCAUUCGACAAGUUUUUCUCCAAAGUGUUCCAGGUUGUGAGAGCUUACACCACGCUUGUUACGAAAGCAGUCACCUUUCCUUAUCAUGUAGUAAUGCACGUUGUUUUGUUUGGCUUGCUGGAAAAUAUUCUACGCUACUUCAUCAACCAUGUAAGAUUUACCAUUCCCAAGAUAACAACCACAGUAAAAUCGAAGGUGUAUGUUCAACUUUUACCGUGGAUGAAAGCAUUACAAUACAUAAUUAGGAUGAGCUACUUGACAACAAGGUUUGUUUCAAGGCUUACGUUGCGGCUUUGGAAGAUUGCACUCACAGCGACUUUUGGUUUCUUUACCAAACUGAUUCGCUUACCAAUGUUCUUCUUUGUUAGGAAAGUGCUUGUUCUGCAAUUUGUUAUUGGUGUAGCUCUUGUGUGUGCUCCUGGCUUGGAGCCACUCUUUAAUCUACUGGCUACUGGAAGCUUGUACCCUGGAUCUCUUAUAAGGUUUCAGCGUUGUGCAAAAUAUGAUGACGGAACCGCCUGUCACGCAGUGUUCUUGGAGUUCUCAUACAGUGUGUGGAAUUUGACAAGAACGGCGAUUUUCAUCAUGUUGUGCUGGACUGUUAACCGUCCAUCGUGGAAACCCCCCAAGCAAGACUUCAGUGUGAUCAUGGAAAGAUGUCUGGCACUUAACAAGAAAGCUUAUUCACAGCUGUUGCUAUGCGCAGCAGGGCUGCCACUCCUAAUGAACGGUCACUGCUUGUCUCAAACUGUUCACAACAUAACGUGCACAGCAAACCUGCUGUUGUUUCUGGUCACGCUGAACGGCUACCAUAGUCGUACAAUUUUGAUGCUGUAUCACGCGUUAUGCACCAUUACCAUGAAUGCUCAGAGCGUGCUGGUGGCAGUUUAUAACAUGUACAGGAACUUACAGACGGAGCGGAAUGACUACGUAGCGACUCUUCUCUACAUCACAGAGCUUUAUUUGAUGCUUCUUGUGCUAGCAGACAGCAGUACUCGAGUGAUAAACAAAGUUAAGAAUCCAGAGCUGGAUAUCAUUUCACAAGACAGAUGACCACACUGAUUCCAUUCUCUAGUUUAUUUGCUGUUUCAGUUGUACAAACUUUCUACUGUAAUCUGCCUUUCUAUGGUCGUCACGCAACACCUAGUCACGCACUGUUAAGCCACUGAUUGCCACUCAACUUUGUCACAAAGCAAGAGUUACCUGAUGACCCGAGAAACGAAGACAAUGCCUGCCUUACAUAAUGGUCAAUGCGAUUUGAAGAAAAAUAAAUAAAAUGUUUGAUCGAUCA